AUGUUUGAGCAAGAUGUUUUUCGGUACUUAGAGACGAUUGAAAUUGGAGACCCCAUUGACUCGGUCGAUGAUGAGGAAGACUGUGGCCAGUUUCUGAAAUCAGUCAGAAAAUAUGAAGACCGAUAUGCUGGCCUUGAAAGAACCAAAACUCUCAUUGGAAUUAAAUUUUGGAUUAGCCUGUGGAAAAAUGCUAAUCGAUUAAAGGACCAAUAUGAUCAAGGGUUUAAGGAACAAUUAGAGAACAUUAUUCAACUAGCUACUCCUGAAGUAAUAACAUAUUUAAUUUAUUAUGCCGCACAUCUUCCAAUCAUCACUCCAGAUAAACUGUAUGCUACUUUGAGAGUUGUUUUCAAUGCAUUAGCAUCUAGUAAAAAGGGGCAUUAA